UACAACCUCUCAACCCCUCAUUGGUUGGUCAAGAUGGAAAAUGACACCUGGGAGAACACAACCAGUUUCGGCAACCAGACCCUCGGCAGCAAGGUUUUGUCCGCUGUCCAGUACCAGACGAUGGAGAUGAUCUUCAUUGCCACUGUGACGGGCUCCCUCAGCUUAGUUACUGUGGUGGGCAACAUCUUAGUUAUGCUCUCCAUUAAGGUCAACCGACAUCUGCAAACGGUAAACAAUUAUUUUCUCUUUAGCCUGGCAUGUGCUGACCUUAUCAUUGGCGUCUUCUCCAUGAAUCUCUACACCGUCUACAUCAUAAAGGGUUUCUGGCCACUGGGGCCGAUCGUGUGUGACCUGUGGCUGGCUCUGGAUUAUGUGGUCAGCAACGCCUCCGUAAUGAACCUUCUCAUCAUCAGCUUUGAUCGCUACUUUUGCGUCACCAAGCCAUUGACCUACCCAGCUCGAAGAACCACUAAGAUGGCUGGAUUAAUGAUUGCAGCCGCUUGGCUCCUAUCUUUUGCACUUUGGGCUCCGGCCAUCCUAUUCUGGCAGUUCAUUGUCGGGGAGAGGACAGUUCCAGACGGAGAAUGCUACAUCCAAUUUCUCUCCUACCCAGCGGUCACCUUUGGCACAGCCAUUGCUGCCUUUUACCUUCCAGUGGUCAUUAUGACCAUACUCUACAUUCACAUCUCACUUGCUAGUAGGAGCAGAGUACGCAGGCAUUGCCCAGAAACCCGAACAGAGAAGAAGACCAAACCGGUCAGCUCCAUGAAAAGUCCUUUAAUAAAGGAAACCAAGAACGCUCCUAAGCCGGAUGCAGUUGAGGUUAAAGGGGAAGAUGAGAAUGGUGUCAGGAAUGGGAAGGUUGAAAAGUCCUUGACCAACCUCCAGUCUGUGGAAGAAAAAGAAACCUCCAAUGAUUCCAGUACAGCCAGCAUGACCCAUAACCCCGAAGAUAAGAUGCCCUUGAACGACCCUUCUUCAGGUGUUGUCUUGGCUCCUACCCAAACCAUACAGCCUCUGAAUCCAAGGGUCGGUGCUGCUUCUAAGUGGUCUAAGAUCAAGAUUGUCACCAAGCAGACGGGGAACGAGUGUGUGACAGCUAUCGAGAUAGUUCCUGAGUGUUCCAUUCCAUUGCCCCAAAAUUCAUCCCUCCCAAACACUCGUCCAGCCAAUGUGGCAAGGAAGUUUGCUAGCAUUGCCCGCAACCAGGUAAGGAAAAAGAGGCAAAUGGCAGCCAGAGAGAAAAAAGUCACGCGGACCAUUUUUGCCAUACUGUUGGCCUUCAUCCUCACCUGGACUCCUUACAACGUCAUGGUCCUCAUCAACACGUUUUGUGAGACUUGCAUCCCUGAUACUGUUUGGUCAAUAGGGUACUGGCUUUGCUACGUCAACAGUACAAUAAACCCGGCCUGCUAUGCGCUGUGUAAUGCCACCUUCAAAAAGACCUUCAAACACCUUCUCAUGUGUCAGUACAGGAAUAUCAGAAUGGGCAGGUAG